AGGUCCCUGGACUGCAGCACCAACCCAGGCGGGUGGGAAAUGGCAGAGUACCUGGCGUCCAUCUUCGGCACGGAGAAAGACAAGGUCAACUGUUCGUUCUAUUUCAAAAUCGGGGCGUGUCGUCAUGGAGACAGAUGCUCACGCCUACACAACAGGCCGACCUUCAGCCAGACCAUCGUCCUCUUGAACAUUUACCAUAACCCUCAGAACUCGGCCCAGUCCGCUGAGGGUUUGGGCUGUGCCAUGAGCCACGUGGAGAUGCAGGAGCAGUACGACGCGUUCUUCCAGGAGGUCUUCACGGAGAUGGAGGAGAAGUACGGCGAGGUGGAGGAGAUGCACGUGUGUGACAACCUGGGAGACCACCUCGUGGGGAACGUGUACGUCAAGUUCCGCCGUGAGGAGGCCGCGGAGAAGGCGGUGAUGGACCUUAACAACCGCUGGUUCAACGGGCAGCCCAUCCACGCCGAGCUGUCCCCGGUCACCGACUUCCGGGAAGCCAGCUGCCGCCAGUAUGAGAUGGGGGAGUGCUCGCGGGGCGGCUUCUGCAACUUCAUGCACCUGAAGGCCAUCUCACGGGAGCUGCGGCAAGAACUGUAUGGGCGCCAGAGCCUGCAGCCCGGGGCCCGGUCGAGGUCCCGCCAGCACAGCCGCUCCAGGUCCAGGGGCCUCCGGCACUGGCGGGUCCAGCAGCAGUCGGGUCGAUUCUGA